AUGCCGACAGACGACGACUAUGGCCGAAGAGAACGUCUCCUACUGCACCAACAUCCGAUCCCUCAGUACGGGUCCUCGUCAUCACCGGUUCCAGGAUCGAGUGGCGGAACGAGCGGAAGUGUCGGGUCCCAGAUCGGUUCCACUAGCUCCUCAGAUUGUUACAAGCAAGCGCAACAACAGCAAACGAGCGAUCUACGCACGAGCGUGUCGAGCGUCGCCAGCCAAGAUCGUUACCAACCGGAUCAAUCUUCUCAAGGGAACGAACACGUCGAUUAUGGAGUCCGAGAGCGAAUGUCAGGCAUCGAGAGGCACGAUAAAUCAACGGACAAGCCGACGAUCGACGACUUCCCCAAGUCGUGCGCGGAAACUCCCCCCUUGCAAGCGCACCACCAGUUCACCCCAGGGAGAACGAGCAACUCUGGCCAAACGUUGCCCCAAAACGUUCUUGUCGACCGUUUUCCACGUUUCAACGAGCUCGCGAGCCUCCACGGUGACCAGAGGUUGUCCUUGGCCCCGAGCGAACGUUUCCAGCCGGCCACCACCACCGAGCUUCGAUUCCAUCACCUGGCCAACGAGCUGGUCAACGCCUCGACAGGCAACGAAUACGCGAACACGAAUAUUUUGGUGUCGGGAUGCGCGACCAGUCCAUUCUCGUCCGAGACGUUCCCCUCUCCGCCAUCACCGGCACCCGCCAACGACCGUUUCGUCCCACCACCACCUUUGUCACCCAGCCCGAGCGAGAAGUACGCCUCGACCCAGAGUCUGGCUGGUUAUCCUGCUGCUGAUAGGAUUCUGGCCCCAGGUUCUCCAAGCACCAGAUAUGGCGGGGGCACGGCACCAGCCUCACCGAUGCCAGCUAAGGAGCGAUUCUCCUCGGCGGAACGAUUAUUGGCCAAUCAACAGUCGUCGAGUUCUAUGCACGAGUCCAAGGAUCAGCAACGAUACACUGGAACAAGCGAUCGCCUGUUGUCCGGCUCGUCACCGGUGCUGGGAAGUCUACAAGCCGGUCUACAAGGGGACAGGAACGGAAUAUACACAACCGGCAAGGAUACAUCGAGAUACGGUGCCAUUUCUACGGACCGUUUGCUCUCCUCCUCACCUAUACACGCCCCAGUGCCAGAGAGAUUCGCGGGCAAAUCGAGCGACCGGUACCUCGGCGAUUCGCCUGUACACGAACGAUACCAUCGACAGGAGACGACGUCAGGUAUCCACCACGAUCGUUACUCGACGAUAUCGUCGAGCGCCGAGAGAUUCCUCUCGAAUUCGCCCAAUCCGGAGGCCUCCCAUCAGCGAUACGCCACGUCGACGGAGAGGUCUCUGCAGGUGUCGUCGAACGGCAACGAGCAGAGACGUUUGUACACCGAUCGUGGCGUCGAGACGGUUUGCCAGAAGUAUACGGACAGAUCGGCUGGAUCCCCCGCGCCCACGGAUUUCAACAGAUAUUCCAGCUUCCAGGAAGCUGUGGGGGGCGCACAGUCCAGAUACAGCACAGGUGAUCGUUUCAACGAUCUCGCGAUACAACGUUGCGGCCAAUCGCGGGCCAACGACAGAUUCUGCGUGUCCAACGAUCGUUACCUGGUUAGCUCGUCACCAGGACACGACGGCAGGCUGGCCAACAACGACGUGGCCAACAGGUACGUCGUUUCGGGAUCGUCGACGGAACGACUACUCUCCGCGACGUCCUCCUCGUCCUCCUCCUCAACCGACACCGUCGCUCGUUAUCACUCCUCCUACACGAACACCACGGCAACGCAAUCCACCACGUCCAACGAUCGUUUCACAUCCAUCUCUCCCACUCCCGAGACGGUCAAUACGAGCCUCCGCCCGGGAACAACCGGGACGACUAGUUGUACAUCAAGUUCCGGUUAUCAGGCCGCGACGAAAGCGAGCGUCGUGGACAAGUAUCUUCAGGUGUCGAAGUCCGUGCAGAGUUACGCUGGAAGCGAUCGUUACGGCAAUCCUGGCGACCAGUUCGAUACCAGGCUCGGCCAGGACCGUUACGACAGAUUCUCGAACUCUGCCGCGAGCACGGAUCGUUUCGCACCUUCGUCCGCCACUCCUGAUCGCUUUCACUCUGCCACCGAUAGAUACUCGCCUGUGCGCGCCGCUGACAAGUAUCUGUCCCUUCCCAAGCCCAAGGAUCGGUACACUGGUCGCAUAACGCCGAUCUCGUCUUGCGGCACGUCGGUAGCCGCCACGUCCACCGAUCGAACUUACGGAUCGAGCACAGCGACGAGCUACGUUCCGCCAACGGCUCACACACCUGUGGAACGAUACGUGCCUCAACCGCCCCCGGAGGUCCUUUAUCCGGACAGAUACGUGGACAGAUACGUGCCACCAUCCGCGCACACGCCCACCGACCGUUAUGUACCCACCAACGAUCCAACUGACCCUUACAUGAGACGAGAUCUCGGUUUCCAUCAUCAUUAUCGGCUACCGCCACCUGCCGGCUAUCCGUACCAUCAGUCGCACUUCCGGCUUCGCGGUUUCGCGUACGCGUCGCCUGGCCGUCUUGGCGGUAGCCCAGGUUCGAGCAGCUCGAGCAGCUCGGCGUCUAAUCAGAGGGAUGGCGGGUUCUCGAUGUCGCCAUUGUUGCGGCCCAAGGUGCGCGCGUCUGCGGUCGAGUUCCCGACCACGUCCACAGGUGUCGUUACGCGCCACGUGUGCACCAACCCGCCAUCUUGCUGCAACGAGGCGUCAUCAAGCGGAAGAUCUUGCUGCCAGGCGAUUAGGAGAUCAUUGCCACCGGGCGCGCUGCCGUCGAUACCUACGCAGUCAUCUUGGCAACCAUCACCAGGAUCCGGCACAACCGGAACGUCCACGGUUUCCUCGAGUGUCCCCGAUGGAGAAAAUGGCCAGAGCAUCAGUCUAUAUCCGGUGGGAAGCGUGGGUCCAACACCAACGAACCCAACAACGGCCACACCGAUCACUACCACGGCGACGAUAUCACUGGCCACCUCUGGAACCAGGAGCCAAGAGCCUGGACCCAGUAUCACCAGAAGCGUGUCAGCGCCUACUGCACCCAGGCCAGUCGUCCAGGUGGCUGCCAGUACCUCCAGCAACAAUGGCACACAAAAACAGAGAUUGAGGAGGACUAUGAGUCGCACUGAGGCUAUCAGGAACUACAUCAGACGCGAAACAGCGCAAUUCUUUGGGGUGGACGAGGAAUCCGAGGCUGUGGAGAGACAACGAUGGCUCGAUCGAAGACGGAGAAUGGCGUCGAGGAAAUACGGUGCCCUUGUUCCGGAACACAGACCACCGGAUCCUGAUAUCACCAGAGACGUGCCGGAUAUUACGGAUGUGCCAGAAGGUGUUACAUUGAGAAGAUGGCAGCAACCUGUGAGACGAAAAGAUUCCGUGGCCAGAAUGACUCUUUCGGGGCUUCAUUAUGUCGUCGAGUCGUUGACUCGACCACGGCCCCGAGAGGGAUCACAAGCAAGACCCGAAUCACGAAGCUUCCCACCAAGCGUGCUCACCUAUAUGGCGAGGUCAGAAUCGGCGACGUCACCUGAAAGCGGCCAGGACGAAGAGGAAUCGUUCUUCGACAGGCCACCACCACCCCCGCCCCCGCUUCCGCCGCCUCCCGCGCAACCACAAUCUCAAGUCGAGCAGGGUCUGGGUGGCUUGGCGAAAGACGAAGAGGACGGUGCAAAAGUCGCGGAUCUGCUCGAUUCCGCGGGUGACAGAGAGACAUCCGAGGAAUUGGUCAGGUUUGCUCCACAGAAGGAUGAGAGGACGACGAUUGAUGGACAGGUCAGAAGAUCUCGUCACAUCUCGAGGGACCAUUACAUUUCAAGGUUGAGGUAUCAUAGCCCGUUGGCCGAAAGUACGAGGGUGCGGCAGGAUGAGGGAGUAACUCUCAGGAGGGAUUUUACCGGUCCUACGAGAAUUUCUCCAAGUACCAUUGACCGAAUAUUCGACAACAGUAACAGGAGGCAAUAUGGCAUGGGUAUCGUUGGAAGAUUCUUGGGAAGGUCAUUUCGAAAGAGCGUGUCCCAGAAACCAGACGUCAGAAAACAGCUGGACGAUUUCGAAGAUCAUCGUCCUUAUUUUACGUAUUGGAUCACCACUGUUCAAAUUCUUAUUCUGAUAAUAUCGUUAGCAUGCUACGGUUUCGGACCUGUGGGUAUGGAUCUCAGUCAUAGAUCAGGCUUGGUUCUCGUUACCAGUCUGUCGUUGCAACAAGUGGACUACCAGGAACCAGCGAAUUUCUGGUUUGGUCCGAGGGCCGCCGAUUUGAUUCAUCUGGGGGCGAAGUUUGCGCCGUGUAUGCGCCGCGAUAUUAAAAUCCUGAAGGAGAUCGAUGUCUGGCGGGAAAGGGAGCGAGACACAGCGUGUUGUAUAAGGAACGAUGACUCUGGCUGCGUGCAAUCCAGCAAAGCAGAUUGCUCUGUCCGGGGAUUGAGAUCGACUGCUACGAAUACGAUAUCGACGUGGAAAAAAUGGGGACCUGGGGACAGUGGACCGGGAGGACGCAUAAGUGGAUCGGUUUGCGGGUUGGAUCCAAAGUUCUGCGAUGCUCCAGCUAGCAUAGCACCUUACGAAUGGCCAGACGAUAUCACCAAGUGGCCCAUUUGUCGAAAAACUAAUCCGUUCAAUCAACGAUUUAGUAGAAACGGAAGUCAACGGGGCAAUGGAAAUUUCCCAGUGGGCCGAUACAAGGAUAAGAUGGCAGAGCACAUGGUCUGCGAGGUGAUCGGGCAUCCAUGUUGCAUCGGAAUCCACGGGAUGUGUCGCAUCACCACAAAAGAAUACUGUGAUUUUGUACACGGAUACUUCCACGAAGAAGCGUCCCUCUGUUCUCAGGUCGAGUGUUUGCACGAUGUCUGCGGUAUGAUACCCUUUCUUCAUCCCGAGUGGCCUGAUCAAUUCUAUAGGCUCUUCACCACCAUGUUUCUUCAUGCUGGAAUUCUUCAUCUAUCAAUCACGCUAUUGGUUCAGUAUUUCUUAAUGCGGGACUUAGAGAAGUUAACUGGCUCGUUGCGUAUUGCUUUGAUUUAUUUCAUCGGAGCACUUGCUGGAAACCUGGCCAGUGCGAUAUUCGUUCCUUACAGGGCAGAGGUCGGGCCAGCAGGAGCACAUUUUGCCCUCCUCGCAACGUUGAUCGUCGAAGUGUUGCACUGUUGGCCGAUGUUGAAGCAUCCACGACGAGCCUUGUCCAAGCUGAUUUUCGUCCUCAUAGGCUUACUAAUCCUUGGCAUUCUUCCAUGGGUGGAUAAUUACGCCCACCUAUUCGGUUUCAUCUUCGGUUUCCUUGCCGCUUACGCCCUCUUGCCAUUCAUCUCGUUUGGCCAGUACGAUCGUCGUCGCAAGAUCUGGCUGAUAUGGAUCUGUAUGAUCCUCAUCGUCGUUCUGUUCACCCUUCUUCUAGCUCUCUUCUACAAUGUGCCGGUGUACGAGUGCGAGGUGUGCAAACUGUUCAAUUGCAUCCCGUUCACACGUGACUUUUGCGCCUCGCAGAACAUCAAUUUCAAGCGAGAAGAGCCCGUAUGACACACGGGGCCGUGUUUCGAAGUCGAGUUCGAACCAUCGUUACACGUGAUCGAGGAUCAAACGAGGCCCUAUACAAGCUUGGUCGUGCUGGCUCUGCUAUUUUCAAAUCGACGCGGAAAUCACGAUUGAAGGAUGAAAAUAACGUUGUAAAAGAACCCCUGACGCCAAGUAAUCCAGAGAUAACUCGUCCACGACGAACGACACUGCCUUAAAGUAAAAUAAACUCCACCUGGAUCAUUCUGGUAGUCUCUUUAACCGAGUGUGUUCCACGGUGGGAUGUAAAUAUUAGAGAAGAAAAAAAAAAAGUAAAAAACGCGCCUUUAAACGUAACACGACUAUCGUUACUAAAAAUCGUGGUUCGAGGGUGGAUGUUUAUCGAACAGUGAAAGAGGACUGGUCGUGAUAAAAUCUGAUGAAUCGAAAUGGAAGAGUGUUGCAUACGAAAUGAAAGAAGGUUUCUGACCCUCUUCGAACGUUUAGAAACGAGAAAAUGAACACACGUGUAUAUAUAUAAAACGAAGACUCUUGUUACUUAUACAUAUACAUAUACAAGCGUAAGAACGACUUUAGUAAGACUUUAAUUUUAAAAAGGAGAGAGAGGGAGUAGAGAGGAACGUUGAAAGUGUUUAAAGCGUACCUCCCAAGCUGGAACUAUCUGUGAUGGGUGAACACACGAUUGUCUUCGAGAAUAUUUUUCAUAAGAGAGAGAGAGAGAAAGAGAGAAAGAGAGAAAGAAAAAAUCAUUCAGAGAGAAAGGAUCUUAUUGCUGAUGAGCUUAACUCUCCGCAAGAUCUGAAUGGUGAAGAUAAACGAUCGAAAGAAAAAAAGAAUGAAGAAGAAGACGACAUCGAGAAGAAAGUGUUGUAACGAUAAAGUAAAUCCCGCGAUGAAGAGGAUGAUAAAAACGAAUCAAUUUUUUAUAAUAGUGUGCGAGAGCGGGAGAAACUGAUGAAGGGAGCGAUUAUCAGAGAACACUUAAUCAAUUUUCACCUUGUACAUAAUUAUAGAUGCGAUCGGAUGGAGAGAAGCAAGGAGUUGGAAAUGAAAGAGAGAAAACGAUGGAUGGGGAAAUAUGCAGGUGGAGCGAUUAAUUGCGUUCAGAUAGGGCGAAAGAAAAAAAAGAGAGGGGGAAAAGAAGAAAAGAAA